UUUAUUUCGCCAUCAUCAGAAAACGUGGUAUGAGAAGGCCACUUACAAAAAAUUAUUUUUUCGGGAUCUUUUUUCCCUAGAGGAAUCAAAAUUACGAAAACAACUUUUUUUUUAUUUCAGCUAUCUGUUAAGAGUCACGAUCUUGAAAUGCCGCGCUGUUGUUAUGAAGUAUUGGGGGUCGAAAGAGAUGCUAGUGAUACUGAGAUAAAGAAAUCUUACCGAAGACUUGCUCUGAAAUGGCACCCAGAUAAAAACACUGACAACUCUGAGGAAAGUACCCGAGUCUUUACAGAGAUCCAACAAGCUUAUGAAGUGCUUAUAGACCCACAGGAGCGAGCAUGGUAUGAUAAACAUCGCGAACAAAUCAUCAGGGGAGGAGAUGACUAUGUAGACAACAGUAUUAAUUUGAUGAAGUACUUCAGCGCCAGUGUUUAUUGCGGUUUCGGAGACGACGAACAAGGAUUUUAUGCGGUUUAUACCAAUGUUUUCAAAAUUAUAACGAAAGAAGAUGCUGAAUUUGCGGAUGGUCAAGAUCUGGAUGUACCUGAGUUUGGAACAUCCACGAGUGAUUAUGAGGAAGUUGUUCAACCUUUUUAUGCUUACUGGCAGAGCUACUCGACUCUGAAAUCGUACGUCUGGUUGGAGAAAUACGACAUCAGAGAGGCACCCAAUCGAAGAGUUCAAAGGUUGAUGGAAAAAGAUAACAAGAAAAUCCGAGAUGCCGUGAAGAAGGAGAGAAAUGAAGAAGUUCGCGCCUUGGUAAAAUUCGUUCGUAAAAGGGACAAGCGCGUCAAAGCAUAUCUUGAGUUGCUUAGGGAAAAAGACGAGGAAAGGAAGCGAAUUACAGAACAAAAACGUCUGGAAGCUUUGCGAGAACGGGAGAAGAUGUUGAAAGCGUACAAGGAAGAGAGCUGGGCCUCCUUGUCUGGAUUGGAGGAGGACUUGGUCCAAAUGAAUGUUCAUUUGGACAGUGAAUUCGGCAGAGAUAAUGACAUCAUUGACAGCCAAUCGGAUGAAGAGGAGGUACAACAAUAUUAUUGUGUGGCUUGUGACAAAGCGUUUAAAACAGAGAAGGCGCUAGUUAACCACGAGAAGUCGCGGAAACACAAAGACAAGGUCGCUGCAAUCAAACGAGAAAUGGCCGACAGUGAAGAUAUCGAUGAGCUUGCGCUACUUAAUGGAGAAAAUGGCGUGAAUGAAUAUUACGAUACCAGAACAGAAUCAGAGUAUUUUAGUAAGAGACAGCAUAGUGUCGACGAGACUGGCACAGAUUUUGUGAGUGUUGGAGAAUUAGAUCUGAUGGACUCCGUAGAUCUGUCUACCAUGAGAAUUAAAGGUAACAAUCGGUAUAAAGUAAAAGUGUUGCACGAGAGGAAACGAGCUUUAUCAGGAAUCGGAGAGGGUGAUUUGGAAGGGGGAGGGGAAGAGGUAGAAGCCAACAACGAAGAGAGCAAUGGAAAUGAAGCAAAAUCAGGGGAACGAGAGGCACAUGAAAAUAUAGGCAACGAAAAGAGCGAGGAAAACGUAAAUGAAGACGAUAGUAGGGAAUCUUUGUCAAACGCUACAACAACAACAACAACUGAUAUUGAUAAUCAAGAGACGGAAGACGAGAAAGAGAACUUGGAAUCACAAGAAUCUGGGGGCGAUAGACAGACGACUGGUGCCGUCACAGAGAAAAGAAAACCCAAAGAAGGAAAUAAAAAUUCACCUCAAGCGAGUAAAGAGCCAUCAGCCAAUUUUUUUAAGUGCAACGUGUGCCAAGGUUCAUUUCCGACAAGAAAUAAAAUGUUCCAACACAUAAAAGAGCUUGGACAUGCACUUAAACUGGACACAAAUCGUGAAGCCGAUGAUUCGCAACGUCAGGGCAAGAAGAAAAACAAGAAGAAACGUUAAGAUCAAAAUUUUGACUUUAAAAUUUCGAAGUAUGCCAUUCUAAAGAAAUUGUUAUUUACAUAUUUUGGUGACACGGGUACUUGACGUUUUUGCUUUUCAAGGUUGAAUGCGUUCCGACCUGCGAACAUGCAGAACUCGAGCCAAAUCAAGCGCAAUCAUUUUUGCCUCUUGUUGUAUCGUAAAAAUAUGCAGGUGUAUGUGGUUCUAUUGACAUGAAUCGCCCAUCAAGGUAGUUUUAUCCACAAUAAUCCGUCUUCAGCGCUGACUUGUUCAAAUAAGGCAAUGUUUAUUUACAGAUUUGAGUUGCUAGUGGCGCUAAUCAAGUUACGCAGUACAACGCAGUACACAUCUACUAUGAUGACUUAUUACGCAAACCCCUGUCUCGGAAGACAAAAUUAAUUGCCUCUUGGACUAUCUCCAAUACUCAAUUGUUCCAUGAAUAUUUAGUCACCACAAUUCUUAGAAAUAUGCAUAUUGUAGGAAUAAAUUAUUUUAAGACAUUUUUUA